UGCGCCGAAGCCCCAAUUUUUUAUCUUGCUUCAACCCUUACCCUAUGUUCCACCGUUUCGCUUCUUCACUCUCUCAUCGCUCGCAACCAAAUUUCACAAACCAAGGGUUUUCAUCUCUCACUUCUCACUCACUCUCUCAUGGCUCAACGCGCCACCUCUGAUUCUCGCACUCCAUUGAAGAUCUCCAAAGAUGUUCAGGGCUCUGACAAUCCAAUUCCACUUUCACCGCAAUGGCUUCUGCCAAAGCCAGGGGAAAGUAAAUCUGGAAGAGGAACUGUGGAAAACCAUGUGGCUUUAAGUCCUCCAUUUGGUCUUCGCAUGGAGACCACUAAGACAUCUGGAAAUGGAGAGGAUGUGCAUGAUGCUCAUAAGCGAAAAGAUGUCUUUAGGCCGUCCAUGCUUGACUCAGAAAGUGGACGCCGUGAUCGUUGGCGUGAUGAAGAGCGGGACACUAAGUCCUCCAUACGGAAGGAUCGGUGGAGGGAUGGAGAGAAAGAUCUUGGUGAUUCUCGGAGAGUGGAGCGUUGGACAGAAAAUUUGCCUUCAAAGAACUUUGGAGAAGUUCGUCGUGGUGCUGCUGAUAGACGGAAUGAUUCCGGAAACCGAGACACUAACUUUGACCAGCGGCGUGAGAGUAAGUGGAACACACGCUGGGGUCCCGAUAAUAAGGAACCAGAAGGUCUUCGUGAAAAAUGGAGCGACUCUGGAAAAGAAGGUGAUAUACAUCUGGACAAAGGCUUGUCUCACACUUCCAAUCAUGGAAAGGAUGAAAAGGAGGGAGAUCAUUGUCGGCCAUGGAGACCUAGCUUCUCACACGGCCGUGGUAGGUCAGAGCCUCCCCAUCAACAUAACAGUACCCCAAACAAGCAAGAAGGCUCCACAUAUUCCUCUGGGCGUGGGCGUGGGGAGAAUAUGACCCCAGUUUCUACUCAUGGUCAUGACUGGGGUGGCUCUAACAGUAGCUUCACGAAUAACUCUUAUCCUGUAUCUUUACCAGAAAAAGUUGAAACUGGGCUCGGAGAACUUUCUCCCUUCAGAUAUAAUAGGACAAAGUUGCUUGAUAUUUACAGAGUGACUAAAAUGGAUAGAAAUAGAAAACUAGCUGAUGAUUUUGUGCAGGUACCUAAUCUUACACAGGAAGAACCAUUGGAACCUCUAGCAAUUCUGGCACCAAAUUCUGAAGAACUGUCUAUUUUAAAGGGUAUUGACAAAGGGGAGAUUAUUACUAGUGGAGCACCUCAGGUGCCUAAAGAUGGAAGAAGCUCAACAGAUUUUUUGCAUACUAGGCGAUCGAAACCUGGAGGUUCAUCUUUCUAUGAAAGAGUUGAAGAUGGAGACAUUAACAGAGUAACUGAUGAGGUCCCCAAUAACAAAGAUUUAUCAGUUGAAGGAAAUAUCUCUGCUCAUCAUGGUGUUGCAAGGCGAACUAUGCCAGGGGGUGAACAUGGAACCACCACCCUCUUGCAUGAUAAUAGUGAUGCAACUAAUGGUGUAAGGUCAAGAAUUUUGGAUUAUUCAUCUGAUCCAAGAGAUGUCGGGAAGUGGCAAUCCAGUGAAGAUUCCAUUCUUAAGAGGCAGCUAUCUGGAAUUUUGGAUAGUGAACUUGGAAGCAGGAGAGUAGUGCAGACCCCACCGGAGGAGUUAUCCCUUUUAUAUAAGGAUCCUAAGGGUCAAAUUCAGGGUCCUUUCAAAGGAAUUGAUAUUAUUGGAUGGUUUGAGUCUGGAUAUUUUGGUAUUGACUUACCUGUUCGUCUUGAUAAUUCAGCAGCUGAUUCACCAUGGUUACCUCUUGGUGAUGUCAUGCCUCAUUUACGAGCUAAAGCCCGACCACCACCGGGUUUUUCUGCUCCAAAACCGAAUGACUUUACUGACAUACCUGGCCGCCAAACUUCUGCUCCCUUUGGGAAUACCUUUGCUGGUUUGAGUGAGUUUGAGACAUUGAGAAGUGAUCCUAGGCUUAGGCAAACUUCUGCUACAGAAGCUGAAAAUAGAUUUCUGGAGUCACUUAUGUCUGGUAACAAGGGAAGUCCGCCGCUCGAAAGUCUUGCCUUAUCCGAAGGUUUACAAGGGUUUAUUGGAAAUAAUUCUGCUAAUCUUGGUCCUUCUGGAGUAGAUAAUGGAAACAACCUGUACUUACUUGCCAAUAGUCUAGCACUUGAGCGACAGAGAUCCUUACCUAGUGCUUACCCAUAUUGGCCAGGGCCUGAUGCAGCUUCCCUUGCGCCAAAACCAGAUAUUCCCCUGGACGCAGCCCUGCAUACAAAACUUUUAUCUUCAAUGAGCGACAAUUCUCGGCAGACUCAGUCCCAAAACUCUGAUUUGCUAUCAAUCAUCCAGGGAUUAUCUGACAGGACAUCUGUUGGUUUAAAUAAUGGUGCUUCUGGAUGGCCAAAUCAUCCUCUGCAGGGUGGAUUACAUCCACUUCAGAAUAAAUUUGACUUCCAUCAUGAUCAGAAUUUUUCUCAAGUGCCAUUUGGCGUUCCACAGCAAAGGCUGCCAGCACAUAACCAAUUGUCCCUGAGCAAUUUACUAGGUCAAGCAGCUGAUAACCCCGCAAAUAUUUUGUCAGCAGAGAAGCUACUUUCUUCUGGUAUAUCUCAAGAUCCACAAUUAUUGAAUUUGUUACAGCAACAAUACUUGAUGCAGUUGCAGUCUCAGGCUGUUGCCCCAGCUCAGCAGGUGCCAUUGUUAGAGAAAUUGUUACUGCUUCAGCAGCAACAAAGGCAGGAGGAGCAGCAGAAGCAUCAGUUAUUGCUGCAACAGCAGAAGCAAUUGCUGUCUCAAGUGCUGCAAGACCAGCAAUCUAACCAGCGACUUGCUAAUUCGUCUUAUGGACAUAUGCAGUCUGGUACACCUCCAAUUGGGAAUUUGCACAUGGAUCCUUCUCAACUUCAAUCAAAAGAGGGGAUGUUUUCCAUGAGCUCUCAAUCAAAUAAGCCCGGUGUGCUUGAUGAACUCCGCACUGAUUCUUUAAAUAUACCUAUGAGUAGCCAGGACUCUUGUUAUAAUUUUAGUGAUGAAGCUUCUCCUCUAAAUCUGCCACAUCAAUUGUUUGGCAAUACUGGUUCUCAGAAAAGCUGGGGCCCUGCGGUUCCUGAACAAACUAAUGAGCAGAAUCAGGAGAUGUUCCCUGCACCAACAGUGGUUGAUAGUCCCUUAUUACAUGAUCAGGAGAUAUCUAAAGAGGAACCCCAGAUUGCAGAGCAACCUCUUUCUAUUUCAGACUAUGCUUCCAAGUCUCUGGAGACUCCUGGUGAUGCCAUUUCCUUUGCCACUGAAUCAUGUGGGAUUGAAUUCCCACCAAGCAUAGACAUGAAGGAAAGAUCAAAUAUUGUGCAUGAAGAGCAGCAGGCUGAAAGAGAAAUCAACAAUGUUGAGCCGUCUGUGGUAGUGCAAAAUAUUGAUGCGCAAGAACCCAAAAAGGUCAAUGAGAAGAAAUCCAAAAAGCAAAAAUCUUCAAAAUUGCAGCCUUCUGAUCAAGCAAAGGGAUUGCCAAAAAAUGCGGCCUUGCAGCUGUCCAAGCAAUCAGAACCUGGAAAGCCAGAUUCUAAUGAAACAAAUCUGAAACAAACAACAGCUAAGGGAAACCAAAUUGGAGUUGCUGUCAAAGAGGAUGCUAAUUAUGAAGUUCAUGGUGUGUCUGCUGGUGUUCCUGGAAGUAUCGAUGAUGCGGGUGAUAGGGUUGAGUCAAAGGUAGUUGAUUCUGUGUUCACACAGCAUACUGAAAUGCCUGCAGGACGAGCCUGGAAGGCUGCUCCCGGUGCCAAGCCAAAGUCUUUAUUAGAAAUUCAACAGGAAGAACAGAGAAAGGCAGAGGCAGAAAUGGUUGUAUCUGAGAUUGCUACUUCUGUCAAGUCAGUUAGUCUGACAACUCCUUGGUCAGGGGUUGUGGCCAAUCCAGACUAUGUAAAGGUGUCUGGUGAAAGUCAUAGAGAAGGAGGCAAUGCUGAUCAUCUGGUUAAAACAGAAACUUCUCAAAAUUCUAAGAGCAAGAAAAGUCCACUACAUGAUCUAUUGGCAGAAGAAGUUUUGAAGAAAUCCAACGAAAAAGAUGCUGAGGUUCCUAAGAAUACAUCAUCCUCUCAGAAUAUAGCUGUCCAAUCAGAAUCACCGGAUGAUUCAAAAUUCAUCGAGGCAAAAGAUACCAAAAGAGGCCGAAAAAAGUCAACAAAAUCAAAGGGUUCAGGAGUUAAAGCCUCCGUGCCCAAUGCAUCUGUGGAAGUGCCCAUCUCUUCGAGCCCCAUUGAAAAAGGCAAAAGCUCCCGCUCUUCACUGCAGGAGAAAGAAGUGUUGCCUGCCAUACCCACAGGCCCCUCGUUGGGAGACUUUGUUCCGUGGAAAGGGGAAAGGGAGUCACCUAGCUCAACUCCUUCGCUAGCAUGGUCUACUGAUUUUGUUAAGUUCCCUAAACCGACAUCAUUAAGGGACAUUCUAAAGGAGCAGGAGAAGAAGUCUUCUUCUGCGGUGCCUGCCAACCCAAUGCCUACCCCUCAGAAAGUGCAGUCUUCCCAGUCUAUACGGAAUGGUGGUUCUUCAUGGUCAUUCUCAGCUUCCUCUCCAUCCAAAGCCGCAUCUCCAAUCCAGAUAAAUUCUCAUGCUACUUCUCAGUCAAAAUACAAAGGGGAUGAUGACUUGUUCUGGGGUCCAGUUGAGCAGUCUAAGCCGGAAACUAAGCAGUCAGAUUUCCCUCAGCUUGGAAGCCAAGGGAUCUCGGGUUCAAAGAAUAUACCUGUUAAAGGGAGUUCACCUGCAUCUUUAUCUCGUCAAAAAUCAGUGAGCAGCAAACCAACUGAGCAACGGUCUCUGUUAUCAUCAUCACCUGCCUCAUCUCAAUCCUUGCUAAAAACGAAAAAAGAUGCAAUGACUAAGCAUUCUGAGGCAAUGGGCUUCCGAGAUUGGUGUGAGAGUGAGUGCAAUCGGCUAAUAGGUACAAAAGAUACAAGUUUCCUUGAAUUUUGCUUGAAGCAAUCGAGAUCCGAAGCCGAGUUGCUUCUCGUAGAAAAUCUUGGAUCAUAUGACCCGGAACAUGAAUUCAUUGAGAAGUUCCUCAACUACAAGGAUAUGUUACCAUCAGAUGUUUUGGAAAUAGCCUUCCAGAGCAAAACCGAUAAGAAGGCUACUGGAGUCAGUGCCAGCGGUGUGCUAUCUGCUAAUGCAGAUAUGCAGGAUAUGGACAACACAGAAGCAUCUGGGAUAGGAGGUGGAAAGAAGAAGGCAAAGAAAGGGAAAAAGGUUAGCCCUGCAGUUUUGGGAUUCAAUGUUGUGAGUAACAGGAUCAUGAUGGGUGAGAUCCAGACAGUAGAAGAUUAAGAGGUUAAUGGAGGAGGACCCCUAGUUUUGUGUUAGAUGUAAAUACAUUUUGUUCGAACUUUGUAAAUUCAUUUUCCGAGUUAGGAUUCUCUUUCUUUUCUUUCUUUCUAACACAAAUGGUUGCAGCAUUUAUUUGAUCUGCUUUAACCAGUUUUGCCAUUUUGUAGAAGUUCGUUUGACUUUUGAUCAUGCUCAGGAUGAUAUACUAUUUAAGUAUUUAUGUUCACUUUAAUUCAAUUAAUUUCCUUUUCAUUUUUCAA